CUCAACUCGCUCCAUAUCUCGCUCCGCGAAACACAUCGUUUCCGUUUUCCCUUCGGCGAUGGCGGAAGAACCCCAAACCUAUCGCUCUCAUCCCCAUCCGACACCUCCAACCACGAAUAGCGCUGUGACACCUCAGGUACCUGGUAUUUCUGGCUUCCAGGUGUCUCCACUCGUUUUGCCUGGAAUGCUUCCUAUCCAAAAUCCAGAUUACAAUGAACAUGGAUCAGGAAUUUAUGCUAUACCAUAUCUUCCAUACACGAGGCCAAUGGCUGGGUUUUCUCCUAAUACUCUCAUUCCAUUAAAGUAUAACAUACCAACGAGGCCAAGUUCUGGAGGAGCUAGUGAUGAGCAUGGGCAGGAAGCAAGGCAUCAACAUGGCCCUCAAAGACAAGUAGCAGUAAGGAGAUUCCACUUUGCAUUUCAGCUUGACUUGGGUCUGAUCAUCAAGUUGGCGGCGAUGGUCUUUCUUCUCAGUCAGGAUGGAUCACCACAAAAGCUCGUUCUCCUUAUUUUCUUUGCAUCAUUGGUUUAUCUAUAUCAAACUGGUGCUCUUGCUCCUUUUAUACAAUGGCUUCAGCAAGCAGGAGCUCCUCGAUUGCAAGCUCCUAUACGGCUACAGAAUGGUCCUCCUGUUGGUCGUGAUGGUCAGAAUAAUCCUCAACCUGUUGAAAAUCAUGGUGUUGACGAUCAGAAUCGGAACCAACCAGCCGAAAACCAGGAGCAACCAGAUACCAAUGACAAUAAUCCAGAACGUGAAGGACAUGGAAACAAUUUUUGGGGAGUGGUGAAAGAGAUUCAAUUGUUUGUUGUUGGGUUCUUGACUUCUCUUCUUCCUGGCUUCCAUAACAACAAUUAAGUUAUUUCCAUGAGUGUUUUCCAAACAAUCAAUAGGUUGUGAUUAUUUAGGUCUGAACAUGAGCAAAAAGGGUAACUGGGAAGGUUAAAGUCUGUUCCUGCCAUUACCUUUAGGUUUCUUCGAAUUCAAGUGGAUUCUUAUGUCAUGUGGAAAGUUUGAUUUUGAUUUUAAGCGAUACUGUGUAUGAUAUCGGUU